AAUGUAGGUAUACUCGUGAAUUAUCACACUAACAAUGCGAGCGGACAUUAUUGGUGCCAUUUUAAUUUUCUGCGUUGUGCAGGUAUUCUCCGUCAAAGAGGACUCCGCAGCUCUUAAUAAAAAAUGUGCCGACAAAUUUAACGUUGAAGAGGACUUCCUGCAAAAACAUUUUGACAAAACCCAUCAUUUGCCAAGGGGCAACAAGAAGUAUAAUGAAAUGUCCAAAUGCCUUAGUGACGAAGUCGGCUUCAUACAAGAGGAUGGAACGUAUAGGAAUGACCUAAUGAAACAGCACAUUAUCGAGAAUAUCAUUCCCGCAGUAAAGAAGGACAUAGAAAACCGUGAAGAGGUCGUCAAACAGGCUAUCGAGACUUGCAAGGAACCCAAAGAGGGCGACGAUCGCUUCGUUGACUUCCACAAUUGUUUAGUAGAUAUAAUCCGUGAAAAAGCUCAAUAAAAUUAAACUAUUCUGAA